UAUUCUGAUAUCGACUGGGAUUUCCUAUUGCAGACACUCAUUUCACUUACAAGCGAGCAAUUACAAGACACCUUUUUACACACACACACACAUACACACGUCAUGACUAACGAAAUCAAUACUUUGCCUCAAGGGUAUACAUUCAGAAGAUUAAAAGUAACCGAUUAUUCCAAUAACUACUGUGAAACCUUGAGAGGGUUGACUACUGUCGGUAAUAUCUCAUCAGAACAAUUUGAAGACUUGUUUAACCACUGGACUUCCUUGCCAGAAAUAUAUCGUCCACAUGUUAUAACAGACACCAAUGGAAAAGUCGUGGCUACCGGGAUGCUCUUGGUUGAAAGGAAAUUAAUCCAUGAAUGUGGAUUAGUUGGCCAUAUCGAGGAUAUUUCAGUAUAUGAAACUGAGCAAGGUAAGAAGUUGGGUAUUUAUUUAGUUACAAGUUUGGCCAAACUUGCAAAGGAAGCUGGUUGUUACAAAGUUAUUUUGGAUUGUUCGGAAGAAAACAUUGGUUUCUACACCAAAUGUCAGUUUAAGGUUUGUGGAGUUGAAAUGACCCAACGUUUUUCCAACUGACAAUUAACCCUCAAAUUAUAAUAGUGUACACUAAUAGGAGCAAGUUCAUCAACACGAGAGAAAACAUACAAAAAUCAAAUAAACAAACAACCAAAACACAAACCUGUAUAGUAUUGUAAUUUGAUCGUUUUCAAGUAAAGUUAAUGAAUAUAUUUAACUAAUACAUAUCUAUCAUAUCUUUUC